AUAUUGCGCUUGGAACACUGGCAAUGAAGCUAACAACUCAGCCGUGAUCAGUAAACAUGGCUGUAGACUUGAAAGGUUUUGCGCUGGAAAAAGUCGAAUUUAUUUCUAACCGUCUGAAGGAGCUCCUGUCUUCCGGUCAAGGAUAUGUCAGGGCUCAGUUCGGGGUGGAUCUGGGACUGAAGCCCAAGUUUUACCCGACGUGGGUCGUCCUGUCCACAGCCUUGGCGGGUCUACUGCUGCUGCUCGCUCUGUCCUGGGCUGCCGUCUGCGGCGGCCUGCUGAUCAGGAAAAAGCGGGGAUCUCCAGUGAACCGGGACGGUGGCGAAGCCGACAAGGGCCAACUCUCCAAAACAGCCAAACCAGAGGAGCAGAAGAGGAGGAACAAAAAUAAAACGUUUGAAAAGAAACCUCAGUCCAAUGGACAACCAGUGACUGUAGAUCGCAAUGAAGUUAAAGUGACUGAAAUAGUCUCCAAGCCGUCGCCACAGGUCAAUCCUGACAAGGUCCAUGAAGUGCAGGCCCCUGUACAGGUCAAAAAGAACAAGAAAAAGAACAAAACUGAAGCAAAACGAGUUCAGUUAGUGCCUACAAAUGAAGGGAAGGAAGUAGAUGAUGGUGCAUGGGAAACAAAGGUUAGUAACCGAGAAAAGAGGCAGCAGCGCAGGAAGGACAAGGGCUCUGAUGAAUCUGGUAGCCCUGGAGGAGUUGAAACUCCCAAGACUCGUAUGGGAGCAGGUGGCACAUCAUCAGCUACUAACAAGAAGAACAGAGAGUUUCUGCAAUCAAGAAACAGUGCAAAGGCAGACACACCAAGUGGAGCCGCUUCCUGCAGCUCAAAACAGGAGCCUUCACUCAACGGCGGAGGUUGGACUGACGUGUCUUUGAAGAUCCCAGCUCAGAUGGGGUCUGCAGAGGGAGCAAAGUGGACUACCAUCUCCUCUGUGAAGCACUGCAGGAUGCAACCUGAGACCAAGUCCUGGGCACAGGACACAAAAGCAGCGUGGAGCGGCAUUGAUGGACGAAUAAAGUCUGACCGUAACCCCGUGUCCUUCCCCAUGCUGGGACUAAACACGACAGACUCGAUAUCCAGCUCAGUUGAGCUGCAGUGGUCAAGCCCCGCUGAUGUUGAAGAUGAAUGGUCUGGGUUCAAUGGGAUAGCAGCAUCAGACCCCAGCUCUGACUGGAGUGACCCAGUGGAGUAUUGGGGAAACUAUGAAGACACUCCUGUGUUGGCGACUCUAGUUCCACUGCUGAAGGAACAGCCUGUCCCCAGCAAGGUAUCUGAAGAUAAGAAGGACACUGAGGAUACUGAAACUGAAGCAGCCAAAUCUAAGAAGAGAAGGAAAAAGAAGAAGAAAACAGAAGAGGAAACUGCAUGUGUGCCUCAGACGGUGAUAGCAGUGCCCUUGAGCAGUACGGCACCAAAAUCCCAAGAGCUUCCAGUGCUGAUGUCCAACAAGCAAAAUAGCAGCACAACCUCCAGUGAGAAGAACUCUGAACAGAUGGUGGAGCCUCUGAAAGCCUCCCAGAAGAAAAAGGUCCGGAGGGAAACAUGAAGUUAGACCACAGAUCCACUCCAAUCUUAUGCAAAUGAUUGUUAAAUACGUCACAAGCAAUAAUGACCAGGGA